AUGAAGAUGAAGGUCCAGAUGAGAUCUCUCAUCCUGCUCUCUGUGGCUGUCCUGCAGGUCAGAUCUCAGAACCAGACUGAGACCAGAUAUGAAGACAUCAUCUCAGUUGCUUUGCCUCAGCUGCUUCCUGGGGAAGAGCAGGCUUUCCGUCCAAUUCUGAACCAGCUCCAAGUCGAGACUUUGAAUACAGAGGAUGUGGACCAGUCUGAGGUGUCUGUAAGACUGACCUUCCCCAUGCAGGAGACUUUCUGCAGUAAAUCACAGGGGCAGCCAGGCAAAUCAUGCCCUCUGAAGAAAAAUGGGAAACUAAUGAUGUGCAGCAUGAAGGUCAGACAUCCGAUUCUGGAGGCUAGCAACAACCUGAACACUGACCUGUCUACAUUUGUUUGUGAAUACAUGGACGCAGAAGAUGCUUUGCAGCAGAAGAUUCGGACAAGAAGAAGCAAAGUCAGAAUAUGCUCCAGAGGCGAAAAUUGUCGCUCUCGUCCUGGGGGUGGCUCCUUAAUUGGUCGUCCUGGGGGUGGCUCCUUAAUUGGUCGUCCUGGGGGUGGCUCCUUAAUUGGUCGUCCUGGGGGUGGCUCCUUUAUCGGUCGUCCUGGGGGUGGCUCUCCUCCUGGGGGUGCCUCUUUUCAUUGAUGAAUUUAUCAGAGAUCACAGUGAUGGAAAUCGCUUUGCAUAGAUCAGCACGCUACAACCUCUGGAUAACUGCAAAGAACCCAUCUAUCAAAGAAAUGUCAUAAGGUUAUUGAUCUUUU